GUAGCACUAGUGAAGUGUGGGGCUUCUUCGAAAAGUCUAUAUGGCAAAAGGACAAGAAAACAGCCAAAUGUACAAUAUCAAAUUGUGUACACAAGGAAUUUUCAUGUGAAAAUGGUGGCUCAACCAAACCAUUAUGGCAUCACUUGGAGAAAGCUUAUUGGGUGCAGUAUAUUAUGACGGAAGAUUAUUGCAAAAAAAAGAAGAAUACACAGGAUGAAUGUGGCACUAUUGAACUUCCUCUUGCUAUAAUCAAAGAUCCUGAACUUAUCGAAAUUAUACAGUACUUGAACCCUACAGCCCAAUUAGUUAAAGCGGAUGCAAUUAAAAAUAUUAUCAUGUCACUUAUAAUUCAGAAAA